GGCUUGCUUCUAGAAGGGGCGUCCAGGACUUCGUCUGAAGGGGGCCGCGUGGAUACUCGCUUUCAGAAAAAAAGCCAGUCCCUACGGUCUCCAGUUUCGGAUCUCUGGACCCUCUCUGCGGGCACCUAGCGUAUUUGCAGGUGACUACGCAUGGCAGCCCCUCUUGCACCACAACCACCAGAUCCCCAGUUUGUCCUCCGAGGUACACAGUCAGCAGUGAAUGCUGUCCAUUUCUUUGGAGGAACCCAGGCUCAGGGGUGCCCUCUCCUCUUUUCAGGGUCUCAGAGUGGCUUGGUACACAUCUGGAGCCUGCAGACACGGAGAACAGUUGCCACCCUGGAUGGCCAUGGGGGCCAGAGUGUGACCUGGCUGCAGACACUGCCCCAGGGGCCACAGCUCCUCAGUCAGGGCCGGGAUCUGCAGCUGUGCCUAUGGGACCUGGCAGAGGGCAGGAACACCAUCAUGGACUCUGUGCACCUGGAAAGUGUGGGCUUCUGCAGGAGCUCCAUCCUGGCUGAGGGGCAGUUGCACUGGAUGCUUGCUGUGCCAGGGAAGGACAGUGAUGAGGUUCAGAUUCUGGAGAUGCCAUCCAAGACGUCAGUGUGCACCCUGAAGCCGGAGGCAGAUGCCAAGCCAGGCAUGCCCAUGUGCCUGAGGCUGUGGCAGGCUAACACUGACCCCCGCCCUCUCCUUCUGGUCGGCUAUGAGGACGGAUCAGUGGCCCUGUGGGACAUCUCAGAGCGGAAGGUGUGCAGCCGCAUUGCCUGCCAUGGGGAGCCAGUCAUGGGCCUUGACUUCGACUCCCAGAAGACCAGAGGCAUCUCAGGCUCUGCAGGGAAGGCGCUGGCUGUCUGGAGCCUGGAUGGGCAGCAGGCCCUACAGGUGUGCCACACUCAUGAACUCACCAAUCCUGGGAUUGCUGAUGUCAUGAUCCGGCCAGAUCGAAAGAUCCUGGCUACUGCAGGUUGGGACCAUCGCAUCCGCAUAUUUCACUGGAGAACAAUGAAACCACUGGCUGUGUUGGCCUUCCACAGUGCUUCUGUCCACUGUGUGGCCUUUGCUGCUGAUGGCUUGUUGGCUGCAGGAUCCAAGGACCAGCGCAUCAGCAUUUGGUCACUGUACCAACGCACAUGAUCUGGGCACUCCCUUCUUGAAAUACUCAAAAGACUGAAGGUGGGCCUCUCACUCCAGCCUUGACCCAGACAUGUGAAAACUGAUGCUCAAAGGCCUUUGAGGAUCAUCAGCUAUGGUCCAAAGAGCAUGGAGUUCUUACUGUCUUUAUGAGGCUUGCUAUUUCUUUCAUGAACCACAUUGUCCAUAUGACGAUAUCUCUGGUGACCUCCCAAAUACCUGGCACCUGUGGCCUGAUGAUAGGCAUGGUUCUUGCUGAUGCCAAAUGGCAAAUAGCUCUGUCCAACAGCUUUGUCCUCACUGAAACAAAGCCAUGAACACAGUGCCUAAUGGCCCAUUCUUGUCAUCCUCAUCUUCUGUGGGUACUCUAGAAAGAAUGGCCUUGGAAGGAUGAGGUGAACAGCAGGAGCGGGGGUCAGGCCUCACAAAAUGGUCACCCUCCUGCAGCCUUACCUGCUACUCCCAGGCCUCCAAAAGCCCCUGAGGCAGCAUCUGCCCUGCCUCAUUUUUGACCCUGAGGUCCCUGGGUAUACAGUACCAACAUUCUUGAGAACCUCUGGUCCAGGCACUAAGCCCCAUGGGUGGGGCCUCUACCACCCCACCCUACCCCCAUUUAUGUCCCCAUUGUCUUUGGCAUUAUCACAGUAAUCACAGAAAUAGAAUAGAGCUGGGGCUGAGGAUAUAGCUCAGUGAUAGAAUCCUAAGUUCACUCCCCAGCUGUUGGGGGGAGGGGGGACUAGGGCCAACAGCCAUGAGGCAUGUGUUCCAGACAAAGGAUAAGAAUGCUGUGAGUCAAUGGGAAAUCUGCUAAAUGCAGAAAUGUUCUCUUACAAAAUGUCUAAGGAGAGCUGCUGCUCAUGGACUGCCAAUAUCUCACCUGGAGACAAAAGAUGGUAAAAAGGGGGUAUUGGCGGAGACACAUACCUGGCAUCUGGUCCCUGGCUCUUGCUUUUUUUUUUUUUUGUCUCAUGCAUGCUAGGCAAGUGCCCUACCAUGGAGCCACACCCCCACAUCCCCUGCUUAAGGGCACAAGCAGGGUAAAAUAGGCUGCUGACUAGGAGCCUGGGUCAGAACUAUGCAGUGUUGAGCAGUUAGCUGAUCAUGUCUUGUGGCUGAAACUAUAGAUAGAUAGACAGACAGACAGACUGACUGACUGACUGACUUUAUUUUAUUUAUUUAUCUUUAGUGGUGCUGAGGAUCGAACCCAGGGCCUCACAUGUGAUGGGCAAGUGCCCUACCACUGAGCUACAGCCCUAGCCCUUGUGGCUAAAUCUUUUUUUUUUUUUUAACAUUUCAUAUAUUUUUAUUUUUAUAUUUUUAGAAAAUCAUUUCAUGACAGAAAAUUGCUAUAAUCAACAAAUAUUUGAAGUAAAAAAAUUAUGUAUACAAACCAUAGUGUUUGACAAUAAAAGAUUCUAAUUUCA